AUCUUUCGUUCCUCCAGCGAUUUAGCUGAGUCUUUACUGCGCAUGUGCGGUUCAUGUCGCCGGCUUCUGCUUCCUGGCUCUGCAGCAGGCAGCGUCGUCCCACCACUCUUCCUCAUUUUAAUGAAACUACGAGCCAUCCUCUGCAUCCCGCGCCUGGUGUGUCCGCCCUCCUGCAUCCACAUGACUCGCGUCUUCGUCUAUGGCACCCUCAAGAAGGGGCAGCCCAACUACUACCGCAUGUUUGACAGUGCCAACGGUAAGGCGGAGUUCCUCGCCUCAGCCUGCACCACCCAGAAAUACCCACUAGUGAUCGCCAGCAAGCACAACAUCCCUUUCCUCCUCAACAUCCCCGGCCAGGGUCACCGAGUCCAGGGAGAGAUCUACAAAGUGGACGACCAGAUGCUGAAAUUCCUGGACGCCUUUGAGGGAGUUCCCACCAUGUACCAGCGGACUCUGGUCAAACUGGAGGUGAAGGAGUGGGUGGGGGAGGCAGAGGCAGAGGAGAGGCCUUCAGCAGGAAGCAUCACGGAGGCGUUUGUGUACAGCACGACGGUGUACCAGCCGAACUGGCCCUCGCUGCCCAACUACGAGAGCUAUGACUCGUAUGGAGAUCACGGGCUCGAGUAUGUGACCAGAGAAGCACGAGACUGAUGACGAGGAGAUCCUAAUUAGAGAGCAAAUAUGAUCCAAGUCUUCUACCUCUGCAAAUCAGCCUCCAUAUCACUUGACUGCUCUCUGAUUUUGAGGUUAAACUGUUGAUUUAGUUCUUUGCAUCAUUCGCAUAGGAGGCUUGUGUUGUGGUCCAGGUACUUCCUCUACGUACCCUAUCUUCAAAAACAACCCUCCUUCAUGCAUUUUAGCUGAUGAGUUACAGCAAGUAGAGCCAGUUCUGUGUGAUCAGUGGAGCAGAAACACAGCCUAAAUGGACAUAACCUAUAACGGAUGGUCUCUUCGCCACAUGGCUUUUCAGUAGCUAGCAGUACCUUAGUAAUAAUCCCUGUUAUGUUUUCUUAUCGCAGUCAAACAGACAAAUUGAAAUCUUCUGAACAAAUGUGAAGUAGUGUGAAACACAUUCAAGACUCAGAAAUAAAAAGGUGUGUAAACCAGACUUGUGAAACUGCAUUCUCAGGUUUCUGACAGCAAAGUUUACACUCGAUUGCAAUAACUAGAGCUGUAAUUUAAGCUCUUGCUGUGCACUUGGUUCUCUGGUACUGUGAGGAGUUUUGCUGGUUCGCCAGUAGAGUCAAAAACUGUAAAUGUGUAGUCAGUUGACCUUCUUAUAUGAUCAUCAUCUUCCUCUGUGUCGUGUUUUCCUAAUCCCAGAUGUGUCCCUAUGAAUACCAGAUAAAAGCAGAAUACAAAAAUA